CUUUGUCGGAGACUCUCCUUUUUUUCUUCUAGAAGGGAAACUUCUUUUUGGAUAGAACAAUAACGUAGUACUACUACUAGUAGUAAUAAUAUUUUAGAAAAAUUGAAAAUUCCCCUUUGACCCACCGGCUUGGAGUCAACCAGUAAUUUCUGUGAAAAGACCAAAAACACCCACAGACAAUCCGGCCAACAACCCUAUUCGUUUGUGUUCGUAUUACCCUCUUGCCCUAUUUCUUCGUUCGAGGAGCACUGUAGCAGAACUAGAGAAGGAAAGAUCCGACUGAACCUUUCGCCUACGGUCUCCAAUCAUGAAUUGGAAAAUAGAUUGGAAAGAGAUAAAGGUGAGGAGGAACUUGGAUGUGGAGUACGAUGGCGGCGAGGAUGAAGUUAAGAUCCCAUGGGUAUGUAUCCUCGUGGUUCUUGUUUUCUCUGCCGUGUUCAUAGCAGAGAUGUCGCACGGAGUUGUUCAUGAUAAAGGAACCUUUCUCCAAGUACUCGGUUCCAUAGGACCAACUAACAGCACUUUGGAACGCAUGGGUGCUUUGAAUUCCAGCCACCCACGUUUGAGUAUGAUUUUCACCUCAGCAUUUCUGCACGACCGACUCAGUCAUCUCCUCUUUGGGUUUUGCUAUAUCUUUGCUGCGGCCAGCCUUGAGAUGCAGUCUACUUCAUGGCGUAUUGGUUGUAUUGUUCUGGCAUCAGGAUUAACGUCGAGCAUUAGUUCGUGCCUUUUCUUGAGAAAGGGCAUUUACACUAGUGGUAUCGGCGUUGCAUUUGGACUAUUUGGAGCAAAACUAGGCGAUAUCAUUGUGAAUUGGAGUUUGCAGGAAAACAAGCUCGCACUACUAGGGGGGUGGUUCAUUUUAGCAGUGGUGGAUUUGCUUUCUUUUAUCCUACCAAAUAUGAAUCUAAUUGGUAGUGCGGGUGGAUUUAUCACUGGACUUUGCUUUGGAUUGGCUAUACUAGCACGUCCCACCCUACCACACUGUUGUAGGAAGACUAAAUUACAGAGAUAUCAACGUAUCUGUUCUAUUUUGAGCUCGAUUACACUACUUGCCUUCUCUUUGACAGGUAUUGUGUUGAUCGCUCUGGGAUGGCACAUGCCUCGACAUUGAGGAUGGAGUAUAUGGAGUUAAUUGAAUAUUGUAUAGUUAAUUAAAUAUUGACAGACUUGGAUUUAAUAUUGUAUAGUUAGUUAAAUAUUGACAGACUUUGAAGUGUUCCUAAGUUAAUCUUCAAAAAAUAUUGGUUAGCUGUUGGUCUUUGGUUCAUGGUUUUUAAGUUAAUUCCCCUUAAUUUAGACAUACUUAGAUUUGAAAGAUGGCUGUAUAAUCGUACAUCAAAGAUAUGAUUGAACAUGAAUUAUUUUGUAAGAUGAACGAUGAGGAG